AUGGCUUCUUAUAUUGAGCUACAUUGAACUUGCAAACACCAAUCCCUGUGCAUUUUUCUUUGAUUUUCAACGUUUCCUUCAGGGUUAUGUGAUUUACUAAUUGAAGAGAAACGAUAUUAAUUCAUGCCAUGAUGGGUUUGCUUCCUUUUUCAAUGUUUCUAUUUCUCUUUAUAACCAUUGUUCAUUCAAGAGUUUAUGGGGUGGAAAACAUGGCCCUAGUGAAUGAAAAAAAUUCACUUGCUUUAUUCAUGUCAGACAUUGUUUCUGACCCCAAAAACGUUCUAAAAAGUUGGAAGUCACCAGGGGUACAUGUUUGCAAUUGGUAUGGUGUCAGAUGCAACAAUGCAAGUGACAAGAUCAUAGAGCUUGCUCUUAAUGGAAGUUCACUAGGGGGCACUAUUUCCCCUGCUCUUGCUAACCUAUCUUCCUUGCAAAUUCUUGAUCUUUCUGAGAAUUUUUUUGUGGGUCACAUUCCAAAAGAACUGGGCUAUUUGAUUCAGCUCCAACAACUCAGUUUAUCUGGGAAUUUUCUUCAAGGUAAAAUUCCCUCUGAGUUGGGUUCACUUCACAACUUGUACUACCUUAACAUGGGAAGUAAUCACCUUGAGGCUGAGAUUCCACCCUCACUUUUUUGCAAUGGGUCUUCCACAUUGAGGUAUAUAGACCUCUCUAACAAUUCCUUGGGAGGUCAAAUACCCUUGAGAAAUGAGUGUAUCCUCAAAGAGCUUAAGUUUCUCUUACUUUGGUCUAACAAAUUUGUAGGCCAUGUUCCUUUUACUCUUUCAAACUCCACAAAACUAAAGUGGCUCGACCUGGAAUCAAAUAGGUUGAGUGGGGAGUUACCAUCUGAAAUUGUAAGUAAUUGGCCACAACUACAAUUCCUCUACCUAUCAUAUAAUGACUUUGUUAGCCAUGAUGGUAACACCAAACUUGAACCUUUCUUCUCUUCCUUGAUGAAUUUGUCAAACAUGCAAGCCCUGGAAUUGGCGGGAAACAAUCUUGGAGGGAAGCUACCUCAUAAUAUUGGUGAUCUUCCUUCUAGCUUGUUACAACUUCACCUAGAAGACAAUCUCAUACAUGGCUCUAUAUCUCCAAGCAUAGCAAACCUUGUCAAUCUGACUCUUUUAAACUUCUCCAGCAACUUGCUAAAUGGAUCAAUACCUCCCAGCCUCAGCCAGAUGGGGAGGCUAGAGAGGAUUUACUUGUCAAAUAAUUCACUAUCAGGUGAGAUUCCUUCAACCCUUGGUGACAUUCAGCAUAUGGGGCUACUUGACUUGUCAAGAAACAAGCUUUCUGGUUCAAUACCAGACACUUUUGCUAACCUCACCCAGUUAAGAAGGCUUUUACUUUAUGACAAUCAGCUUUCUGGAAACAUCCCACCAAGUCUGGGAAAAUGUGUAAAUUUGGAGAUUUUGGACCUAUCCCACAACAAGAUUUCAGGACUGAUCCCUAAGGAAGUUGCAGCCUUGACUAGCUUGAAACUAUACUUGAAUUUAUCAAGUAAUAACUUAGAUGGACCUUUACCAUUAGAGUUCUCCAAAAUGGACAUGGUGCUGGCUAUUGACCUAUCAAUGAACAAUCUUUCUGGCAGAAUCCCACCACAGCUUGAAAGUUGCAUAGCAUUAGAGUACCUCAACCUUUCUGGUAAUUCCUUAGAAGGCCCUCUCCCGGAUUCAUUGGGCAAAUUGCCUUAUAUUCAAGCACUUGAUGUGUCUUCAAAUCAAUUGACAGGGAUAAUACCAGAUUCCCUUCAGUUGUCCACCCUCAAGAAACUUAAUUUCUCUUUCAACAAAUUCUCAGGGAGUGUCUCCAGCAAGGGAGCCUUUUCAUCUUUGACCAUAAACUCUUUCCUAGGAAAUGAUGGUCUAUGUGGCUCGGUUAAAGGCAUGCAAAACUGCCACAAGAAACGAAGGUAUCAUUUGGUUCUCCUACUAAUUCCGUUGUUACUAUUUGCCACCCCCCUUCUGUGCAUGCUGGGGUACCCCACAAUAAAAAUGUCAAAAGAAAGAAUGCAAUUGGCUAAAGUUAGCAAAGGGGAUUUUGAGGAUGAAGAUGAGGAAACAAAGGAGCUCAAGUACCCCAGAAUUUCAUAUAAACAACUUAUUGAAGCCACAGGAGGCUUUAGUGCUUCAAGCCUAAUUGGUUCUGGUCGGUUUGGACAAGUCUACGAAGGUGUUCUUGGAGAUAACACAAGAAUAGCAGUGAAGGUGUUAGACACAACAACAGCUGGUGAGAUUUCAGGGAGCUUUAGAAGGGAAUGCCAAAUCCUGAAGAGGACCAGGCACAGGAAUUUAAUAAGGAUCAUCACAAUUUGCAGCAAAAAAGAGUUUAAGGCUCUUGUUCUUCCACUGAUGCCAAAUGGUAGUCUUGAGAGGCACUUAUAUCCGAGACAUGGAUUGAGCCAAAGAUUGGAUAUGGUUCAGUUGGUGAGGAUAUGCAGCGAUGUAGCUGAAGGAAUGGCCUAUUUACACCACUAUUCUCCAGUUAGAGUAGUGCACUGUGAUCUUAAGCCGAGCAAUAUACUACUUGAUGACGAUUUGACAGCUUUGGUAACUGAUUUUGGUAUUGCUAGGCUUGUAAAAGGUGACAACAACAUCCCCACAAGUGACUCAUCUUUCAGUUCAACACAUGGCUUGUUAUGUGGCUCCGUUGGCUACAUAGCUCCUGAGUAUGGAAUGGGAAAACAUGCAUCAACUCAAGGUGAUGUUUACAGUUUUGGUGUACUAGUGCUAGAAAUAGUGACAGGUAGACGCCCAACAGAGGUCCUUGUCCAUGAAGGGUCUUGUUUGCAUGAGUGGGUUAAGAGACAAUAUCCGCUCCAGCUUUGUAACAUUGUUGAACAAGCAUUGCAAAGGUUUUCUCCUUCUGACAUUCCUAGUCACUGCCACAAAAUUGGGCAAGAUGUUAUGUUGGAACUCAUAGAGUUGGGGCUUCUGUGCACACACCCUAAUCCUUCAACAAGACCAAGCAUGCUUGAUGUGGCACAAGAAAUGGGGAAUUUGAAGGAGUACCUUUCUCAUAUAUCAUCUUCUCUGCUGAUUCAAGAUAAAUUCAAGCCAGAAAGUAAAUAACUAAGUUAACAUUAGAAUUUUAUUUUCACAGAUUUUCGGUGUAAUAUUUUUUAAAAUGUGAUUUAACUAAAUAAAAUGAUAUCGAUUUUUAAAGUCGUAAAUUUUCGAGGAUUGAUUGAUAGAGUGAAAAAUCUUUAUACCCGGAAAUAUAUUUCAAUUAAAUUCAACUUGUAAUAUCAUUCAAUCUCCUAUUUUUGCAUUCCAAUAUUCAUUAUCUAAUGCAACGAUAAUAUUAUGAUUGUAUUAUGAGGAUAUAGUGUUUGUAAAAUGAAAGUGUAUUUUUUUUUUUUUAACAUAUCAUUCAAUCACAGACUAACAUUACAUAUACCUUG